AUGUUCAGUCCAAAAUUGAUUAAUAAUGGCAUUUCCAAGAAAGCCCUCAAGAAUACAUCAAAGGAUGGUAGCCAAGAGAACUUAAAGCAUUUCCAGCUCCGCUCUCCAUCAUUACAGCAAACCGAAGCUGAUGGUUCGUACAAUUUUCUUAACGAAAAUUAUGAGAAUGACGAGAAUGACGAGAAUGACGAGAAUGACGAAAAUGACGAAAAUGUGAUAAUUCUAGGACGAGACUCCGAUCAUUUGACCACAAGUUACCGACGCCAAUUGCCUUCCAAGCAAGACCAAGUGUACAUUGGUACUACCAGCCAUGGCAUGGAUACGAUAGAUGUAGAUGACUUAGUUGAAACUUCCCCACAAAUAAUCGAAGGGCCAUUUUACCCCGAAAUCAAUCGCAUGGGAUCGAUGAAGCAAUGUACUCAGAUAACUUCGUUGCAGAAGACCCCAAGUACAUCUCCAGGAAAAAAAUCAUCUCACAGGCUAAUAUCACCGGUAGAACGGGAUAUUUCAACACAUGGAAGAAAAGAUAUAUGCAUUAAAACAGUAGAAGUAAAUUCCCAGUCUGAAGGCUCAAGCCCAUUACGACCAAUGGUCCGCAAAAGUAGUUUGAACUUCGCCUCUCUGCCGGCGCGUGAACCCAUAACAAAAAAGAAAAGCAUUAGUAACCAGACAAUACGUGCUAGCCAACAAGAUAUCUCCAGGACAAGUCUUCUUCGAAAUCAAACAGAUGAAAUACUUGUGGAAAGCGAUAUGAAGGAAAAUAAUUUAUGUGGAGAAGAACACGAGUGGUCUGAACCUGAUAAGAGCAGAACUAUCAAUUCAGAAAUCAACUUAAUGUAUCAAGGUGGCGAGAACUCUAGCGAUAGCCCCCAGAAUCAAAUAAUAAAAUUUGGUAAAUUUCAGAAAGACCCUCAAUUAUCAAAAUCAGCAGCUUAUUACCCUAUGGUGCAGGCAUGCCUUGAUCCAUCGAACCAUUCUAACAGCAUCGAACUUGUAAAUGAGACAAAUAAUGCAUCGCCUAUGAGCAAAGCAAUAACACCAGAAGAAACCUGCAAGAGCCAGGAUAACAGUAAAAAUACUGAGAUUGUAUCCACAACGACCCAGAUAUUGGACAGUUCAUCUCUCGACUCAAAUGAUGAAAUCUCUACAUCUGUUUGCAUUGCUCAAAAAGAAAAUGUUAAUGAAAUAUCCACGUCUUGUUAUCCUGUUCUUGAAAGCGCAUUGCUGAGUCCCUCACCAAACCGAGAAAGCUCACAUCUUAAUUCUACAAACACAACCCCAUCUAACCGGAUAAAGUCAGUCUCUACUAGCUCGCUUCCAGUAAAUGCAGAAGAGCAAUGCCCCCAAUUAAAUCAAAAGAUAUCAGUAUCAAACCCGAACCUAAAUCAUCUAGUUUCUUUACACGAAGAUAGAUGUAGUACAACGUCUGGAUCUCUGCCUCGAUCAUUUCAUGGAAGUCCUUUCAAAGCAGCAAAAGAUAAAGUUUCUUCCCUCUACAAAAGCUCAAAGGCUCUUUUUGCUGGUGGACCGGUUCUCAGUCCUGAAUUUCGAGAAAGUAAGCCGUUUUCAGUUCCUGGUCAGUCAGAGACAAUCGAAAAACAAUUUUUCGGAUUUAACAAUCAGAAAUCUUCGGAAUAUCAGCUUUCCCUGCCAGACCUACCUUCAGAAAAAAAAGAAAAUGACUAUCCACACCAAUCUAUUCACAAAAUAGUCACUCACAGCCCGCAAAAAUCUAAAACUCCGUCGGAGCGAGUUGAAAGCAAUUUAACAUAUGAUCAAGAUUCGUCAAGUAGUUAUGUAAGAGGCGAAGAAUCUACAUUAAAGGAUACAGAGGAAGCAAAUAAGCGCCAAUAUGUGCAGAAUAGAACAUUUGCUGCAGAAAGAGCAAGUAAUAAAUUUAUAAAUGAGAGGAACUGGAACAAUGAGCAUGACGAGACUUCUUGUGUUUCGCGAAUGAGUCCUAGGAAAGCUAAAGAAACUAUAGACGACGAAAUUUCAUCAGUUGUAGACUAUACAGAACCAAUUCUCAGCAAAGACAUUGAGAUUAUAGAUGCGCCCAGCGCAAUACCACAAACCACUCAGCCUCGACCAAAAUCAAAGAUAGGUCGCUCCAAUACAAAACGACCACUUAAGCCUACCAAGGAACUAAUAAAAUCUAAGCCUCCAACAGUUAUAAGGGUCGAUACUGGGUCUCAACGUGGAAAUUCGUAUCAUCCCUCAAAUGCCACAUUAUCUGCAACUUUACAGGAUUCAUUUACUCAAAUUAACGCAGUUCCGAACACCAAAAGACACAAAGCAAGUACGAGCUCAGUCCAGAGUAAAUCCUCAUCAAACAAUUUAAAACUAGCUACCAAUAAGAACAACGAAGCUAUGGCGAGAAAAAUAGAGCAGGAUAAACUUGCAGCCUCUCGAAGACGAGAAGCUAAAAUGGAGGUUGAACAGCAAAGAUUUGCAAUUAAUGAUACAGAUUGCAAUAAUCUGGAGCAACAGCUAGUUAAAGAGACUGAAAUCCAGCGAGAAAACCUCACCGGCAUAGAAAAGACAGCAAGUGUCAUGGAGCCCAAGAAGACAAUUUCUCGCCAAGCUACUGAGAAGCGUCGCAUUGAUAAUGAUAGAGUCAAACAGAUCCAACAUCCUAUAUCUCAUGCUCGAAUCAAAAUUGGUGUUAAUCUAGAAAAGUUCCCACCCGAGAAUGGGAGUUCAAAUUCAGGCUCGUCAAAACCAAUUCUAUCUGUACAAAACUCAUCGGAAAUAAUAAGGCCUGGCAGCUUUAGAAACAACCCUAACAAAGUCCCACCAAAGCGUCCUUUAGCUCAAGAUAGUGAACUAUACCACACGAAUCCUUCAAUGUACCCUCAUAGAACUUCGCAUCAAGGUAUUGAACAUACAGUCAAACGUCAUAAAACCGGUGAAUUCGAUGACGAUAAAAAUCGACUGAAAAUGACGGCCCCGCCAAUAAGGCAAUCUAGUAUCCGUCAAAAGGAAAUUCCCUCAAAAUCUCUCUACACUAACGGCUACACUAAUUCUAUACAGUCAACAAAUCUACAACGUUCAACUACCACUAAUCAACAUAGCUCAAAUCAAAUUAAGCCAUCGAACCCUAUUGAUAUGACCCAAAUUUUCAAGGGACCUAUUCAAUUCGCCACCCCUUCAACACAAGCUAUUCUACAACCACACAAAACCCCUGCUCGAGCAGCCAAUAUAAAUAACAGUAAUAAACUAGUAAUUAAAACUGGUGGUAAGACUGUUGCUAAAACAUCACCACGUUACCCAAAUGGGGAGACUAUUGAUUUGCCCGAAAUUCUUACAGAUUCCGAAAACGAAGAAUCAGAAGAAGAGGCCAUGAGAAUAAGACCAGGAUGGACAGAUACUGCCGAGAUACAGAGACAAUUAGCCCUCCAGGAGAGCAUAGAUCCAGCCCAGGUCUUUGGUCAGCCAGGUCCGCUGAACAUGGAAGAAGUUUUCUAUAAAAGUAAGGAAAGGUUUCAUAAAUUCCGUGCAAGAACGAGCAGCGCCAACUGGAGUGGUACCGAUAAACUCACGGAAGACGAGAUACAAAGAGAUUUAGAAGGGCGAGAAAGGCUUAGACGACAGGGUGGGUGGACCUUCGACGCUAUUGUUUAA